AUGCCUCAUAACAGUGAAGAUAACGUGCCUGAUAUGUCUGAUGAGGAGCAAGCGCUUUUAUCCUCGCUACUAAAACAACGUUCAAAUAUUCUUCGGAACCUACUUAGCAUGAAGCAACGAAUUGGUUGUGAAGAAGUUGACACUGACACGCAUGUUCUCGAAUGUCGAUUGCAGAUGGUUGAGUCCUAUUUUCAACACAUCUCCGACGUCCAGAACAACAUCGAAGCUCUUGUUCCGACAGACAGUUCGAGAGUAGAAAUUGAAGAAACGUACAUUUCAACAAAAUCCAAAAUUCUUUCGUUGAUCAACUCCAGGAACCGCACUUCUGAGUUGAACACCAGCAUGUUUCAUGCCACGGCAUUUGGAAAUACGAGUCAUCAUAAUCGAUUACCGUCACUCAAAUUGCCCAAAUUUGAUGGAAAGUAUGCGGAAUAUAAACGCUUUUUUCGCACCUUUUGCAACAUGGUGCACGACGAUCCAACCAUGCCAAAAGUUGACAAAUUUAAUUAUCUUCUGAACUGUCUUUCAGGACCAGCUCUAAGCGUAAUCGAACCGUUCCAGGUAACCGAGGAAAAUUAUCCGAAGGCUAUCCAGCGGCUCAAGGAACGGUACGACAACAACGUACUGAUCUUUCAAGAUUACAUCACCUCGAUUUUCAACAUUCCGAUGAUGAAAAGGUCUGACGCAGCGAGUCUACGUAAUAUCAUCGACACCGUUGCCGCGCUGCGAGGUUCUUUGCUCUCGUUGGGCUCAGAAAGCGACAUAAUGAAUUCAAUGCUAAUUCACAUUGUCUUAACGAAAAUCGAUUCGGAUUCGAAAGCAGCAUACAACCAAAAGCAAGAAUUUGACAAGUUGCCAGCGUGGGAGGAUUGUUAUAAAUGGUUGAAUCGCCACAGCCAGUACUUAGAAACGUUUGCAAAAGGGGAAACCACGAAGGUAACACAGCGCGAUGGUAAACUAUCCGCGCUACCAGCUAAAAUGCGUUUUGAUUGGGUGAAGCAAGCAGGUGCUUGCAUAAAUUGUUUGCGUAAAGGACAUACAGUAUCCAAAUGCCCAUCGAAAUCUCGUUGCCGUGUUUGCCACCAAUCACACCACUCCCAUCUUCAUUUUGCCUCCGUUACAACUACAACUUCACCUGCUGCACAAACAGUAGAACCAAAAGGAAAGGAGCCAACACCUCCGACGUCUAGCUCAUCGAAUCCAAUUAAUCCAUCG